AUGUACAGCCGGCUUGUUCUCCUACUUCUCGCCCUGGUCUCCUGGGUCCACGCUGAGCUCUACUACAAGCCGGGGCAGCACUGCUACAAGCCUGUAGCCAGAGGGGACUUUGGACAGAGGACAUACCCGAGGCCCCAUGAAUACCUCCCUAUAAAUAGCCUGCCAAAGGCUUGGGACUGGCGUAAUGUCAACGGCAACAACUAUGUCAGCACUACAAGAAACCAGCACAUCCCUCAGUACUGCGGAUCAUGUUGGGCACAUGGGAGUACCAGUGCCAUGGCAGAUCGGAUAAACAUCAAGAGGAAAGGGGCAUGGCCAUCUGCAUACCUGUCUGUACAGAAUGUGAUUGACUGCGGCGAGGCAGGGUCUUGUGAGGGUGGAGACCAUGGAGGAGUCUGGCAAUAUGCAAAUACCAAUGGUAUCCCCGAUGAAACCUGCAACAAUUACCAGGCCAAGGACCAGGACUGCAACAAAUUCAACCAGUGUGGUACCUGUGUGACGUUCGGGAAAUGCUUCUUCCUCUCCAACUACACGCUGUGGAAGGUUGGAGAUUACGGCUCUGUCAGUGGGAGGGAGAAGAUGAUGGCUGAGAUCUACAAGAAUGGACCAGUCAGCUGUGGUAUAAUGGCUACAGAAAAAAAUAGAUGCCUACACUGGGGGCCUGUACGCUGAGUAUCAGCCAAGUGCCAUGGUGAAUCACAUAGUGUCUGUGGCCGGCUGGGGUGUGGAUGAAAGCGGCGUGGAGUACUGGAUUGUCCGCAACUCCUGGGGAGAACCUUGGGGGGAGAGGGGCUGGUUACGUAUUGUAACAAGCACAUAUAAAGGAGGACAGGGAGCAGAUUACAACCUGGCCAUUGAGGACGACUGUGCCUACGGUGAUGUCAUCCUGCCAUAA